AUGGUGAGACAUUUGGCAAUCGAAAAUGCUAAUUCUGCCUGGAAACGGGGUGCGGGGCUCCUUCGGGAGCCCCUGUCCAACUCCCUUACUCGAGCCACAGCAGGUAGUGCAGGCUUGGACCUCUGUGCCUCCACCACCAGAAUACUGACACCAGAGGAGGGCCCAAUAAUUCUCCCUACUGGCAAAUUCGGACCACCACCCCCUGUUAAUCACAUUGGGCCCAACCCCCGUUUCGCAUGGCGAGUCCUCCCACAAGGAAUGGCCAACUCCCCCACCUUAUGCCAAAAGUUUGUAGCCCAGUCCAUUAACCCUGUUUCACUCACACGCUCCACUCUCAAAACCCUUAAUGAUUUCCAGAAACUUCUAGGGGACAUCAAUUGGCUACGCCCCUAUCUACAACUUGCCAAGGCAGACCUUCGCCCUCUGGAAGACAUCCUUCGAGGAGAUGCUGACCCCUCCUCUCCUCGUUCCCUGACCCCAGCAGCAAUGGUGGGCAUCCGUCUCUCCACCCGGCAUUUCGGCCGCUCCCCUGACCAUGUGGUUUCCCCCUAUAAUAAGGAGCAGCUUGACUGGCUCAAAUCUCAAAAUGAUAAUUGGGCUGUACUCAUCUCUACCUACCAGGGCAGCUUGGACAACCACAUGCCCAGCAAUAAAUUGUUGCAGUUUUUCACCCUUACCCCCUUCAUACGUACACGCCAAACCCGAUCCUCGCCUAUCCCGGGGGCACCCACGGUCUUUGUGGACGGCUCUAAAACUGGUCUUGCCGCCAUAGUUAUAAAUAACCGCCCCCGCUCUAUCAAAACACCCUAUGAGUCUGCACAGCUGAGGGGCGCUCUGCUGCUGAUCGCCACUGGCAUCCACACACCCCAUCUGAUCUGGCAAGAGUCCUUUGGCGAGACCCACUUACAGGCCUUUGGCAAGGCCCUGACCCUGUCCUCACUUGGGGAAAAGCUACUUCACAAUGGAACAGAUGGCGACAGUUCUGACAGUAACCCUCAUCUGUAUCCUGCUACCAGCCGCCAGAUCAGGAAGUCCACACAUCCCCGUUCAUCAAUACCUCCUGGUACCACUGAUAGACUCCUCAAACUCAUUGAUAGCUCCUAUUUGGCUCUGAAUGCUACUGCCCCAAACCUUACAAUCAGUUGUUGGCUAUGUCUCCACUCGCAGCCCCCAUACUAUGAAGGAAUUGCCUUUACCGAUCACCCUCACAACACCUCUGCCCCUUCCCCUCGCUGCGCCCGGUCCCCCCACCACUUCACCCUUGCCGAAGUCUCCGGAAAAGGCCUUUGCAUAGGUCACCCCCCUUCCUCUCACUCCCAUCUUUGUAAUGUUACCCUUCCCAUCUCCCACUCCCCUUAUUAUCUAGAGGCCCCCAAUAACACCUUUUGGGCCUGCAACACCGGCCUCACCCCCUGCAUCUCCCUUCAGGUCUUUAAUACCUCCUCAGAAUUCUGUGUACUUAUACAAUUAUGGCCCAGAAUUACUUAUCACACAGACACUGCUUUAGAAAAAAUUUUGUCUCCGUUCCCUCGGAUUGUACGGGAACCCCUCUCUACUAUUGCCAUUAUUCUAGGUAUUGGUGGUCUUGCUGCCGGCAUUGGUACCGGCACCACCGCUUACCUACAGACCCAACACCUCACAGCCUUACAUUCUGCUAUGACAACUGACAUUGAGGUCCUAGAAAAGUCUGUCUCUGCUUUAGCAAAUUCUCUAUCCUCCCUCUCAGAAGUUGUACUGCAGAACAGACGUGGCCUCGACCUACUUUUUUUAAAAGAAGGGGGAUUAUGUGUAGCCAUUAAAGAAGAAUGUUGCUUUUAUGCUGACCACACGGGCAUGGUCAGAGAAUCAAUGGCAAAAUUAAGAGAACGCCUAGCCCUUAGAAAAAAGAAGGCCGAGGCCCAAGAAGGAUGGUACAACAACCUUUUGAGAGAUUCCCCUUGGCUCUUUACCCUAAUUCCCACAAUAAUAGCUCCCUUUAUUAUCAUCCUCCUAAUACUCACCUUUGGCCCUUGGGCUUUCCAACGCCUGACUGGAUUUAUUAAAUCAAACAUUGACUCAGCCCUUACUAAGUUCCCUACGGUCCAAUACCAUCGUAUCGAAAUAACAGAUACUGACCGACCACACAUCCCUACUGAUCGUCUCCAAUUUACUAGCAGGGCGGUAACCCAAUGACGGGAAUAGCACAGGUCCUUGACCCUUCAUGGUCAAGCAACUCCCCCUGUGUAGCCUAAGACAGGGGCCGUCGCUGCGGUCCUGACUUAAAACCUACCCUCUAUAAAAAAGAAAGGGGGAAUUGUAAGAGACCAUAUUCGGGGACAACUUGACCUGAAACAAGAUUUAAGAUCCUAGGGAAACUGAACAAACAAGUUACCUCCCAGGCGUCGCCAAGACCAACAGCCACAAAACAUAACAAUAACCAUUCUUUAUGUUCCCUCCUGGUACAAGCAGUCUUUAGUCACCACCACCACCCCCCCCUUUACCUCAAGCAUAUAUAUUCUACCUUACACCUGCAAUAAACGGAGCCUUGACAC